AGGGAAUCCUGAGCUGCUGAAUGUGUUCAGUACCGACACCUUCAGACUCUGAGCCUAUAGGUGCUUGUUUUUCUUUAAAUGAAGGCAGUUAUUAAGGUUCAAAUCUGCAACUCACCCCAGGACUGCUCCAGCAAACAGGACCAGCAACAUAUAGGAUACCAGGAAAAAGAAUCCUUACCUCUGCAUCAAGGACUUUCACAUGUAUUCAAUGAUAUGGACAUUCCAAAGCUUCUGUAUGUAUCAGAGAGGAAACUCUCUGAGAGUGAGAAAGUGCAAGGCUAUGUAACCCAUGCCCACAUCUCUUCCCUUAAGGCUAGUCCUGCUGCAGCUAUUGUCAACACAGAAACUAUGGAGGCUGUUCCUUUGGUCAGUGGAACGAAUACCAAAUAUGAGUUUGAAGAAAUCAUUUUAGACCGGGGUGACUCAGCGCUCGGUUUUACUAUAGCUGGAGGAGCUGAUAACCCCCAAAUCAAUAAUGAUCCUGGGAUCUUCAUAACUAAAAUCACCCCUCAAGGAGCUGCAGCAGAGGAUGGACGUUUGAGGGUAAAGGAUUGUAUUCUGCGGGUGAAUGAUGUAGAUGUAUCCAGGGCCUCCCACUUCAAGGCUGUUGAGGCCCUAAAAGAUGCCGGUUCCACUGUACGUCUUUAUCUGCGCCGUUGCUGUUCAGUCCCAGAGACCAUCCAAGAAAUCCAGCUGGUCAAGGGUCCAACAGGACUUGGGUUCAGUAUUGCAGGUGGAGUUGGAAGUCAACACAUCCCAGGUGAUAACAGCAUAUAUCUGACCAAAAUCAUUGAGGAAGGAGCAGCAGAUAAGGAUGGACGGCUACAAGUCGGAGACAGAUUGAUAAUGGUGAACGGCAGCAGUCUGGAGGAUGUUUCUCAUGAGGAGGCUGUGGCCAUUUUGAAGAAUACUUCGAACGUGGUCCACUUGAAGCUGGGAAAGUCUACCAAAAUAUGCCUAUCAGAUGCGUUUGAGCUUCCUCCCAUCUCAAACUCUUACUUUUACAUGAAUGAUCACGCCUUGUCCGACCACAGCACUCCAGCGUACAAGUUUAGGUGGCCUCCCAUCUGUCCUGAGAAUUAUUUGAGCCUCUCUACACAUCCAGCUUUUGAAGAAGAUAUAAAAAGGGAACCCAGGACAGUUGUGCUUCACAAGGGAUCCACAGGCCUGGGCUUCAACAUAGUGGGUGGAGAAGAUGGUGAAGGUAUCUUUGUCUCCUUCAUCCUAUCAGGCGGGCCGGCUGACCUCAGCGGAGAGCUAAUGCGGGGAGAUGAGAUCUUAUCGGUUAAUGGCAUUGAUCUACGAGGAGCAACACAUGAACAGGCAGCAGCUGCCCUGAAGGGAGCCGGGCAGGUGGUCACCAUCGUUGCUCAGUACAAACCGGAAGAGUAUGAGUGUUUUGAAGCCAAAAUCAAUGACCUCAGAGAACAGAUGAUGAACCAUAGCUUGAGCUCUGGGUCAGGGUCUCUGCGAACUAAUCAGAAGAAAUCACUCUAUGUAAGGGCACUAUUUGACUAUGAUAAAAUGAAGGACAGUGGGCUACCAAGUCAGGGGCUCAGUUUCAAGUAUGGUGAUAUCCUCCAUGUUACUAAUGCCUCAGACGAUGAGUGGUGGCAAGCCUGCCGGGUCACUACCCAUGGAGACAGUAAGGAAAUAGGAGUCAUUCCCAGUAAGAAAAGGGUGGAAAGGAAGGAGCGGGCACGUCUAAAAACUGUCAAAUUUAACGCCGAUACAGGAAUGACUGAGUCAAAGCUGUCAUUCACUGACAAGCAAAAAAAGCACUUCACCUUUACCCGAAAACCCCCAUUCUACAAAAACAAAGAGGGUCAGCAAGAUGGCAGCGAUGUACAGCGAAGUCAAGAGGAUGUAGGUCUCUCAUAUGAAUCUGUUUUACGCCAAGAAAUUAAUUAUGCCAGACCAGUCAUAAUUCUUGGACCCCUGAAGGACAAAAUCAAUGAAGAUCUGAUUGCAGAGUUUCCAAGCAAGUUUGGUUCUUGUGUUCCACCUGCUAACAGUUCAGGGUCUAAAGACACCACAAGGCCAAGAAGGAGCUAUGAAGUCGAUGGACAAGACUACCUGUUUGUGAUGUCCAAAGAGCAGAUGGAGAGGGACAUCAAAGAUCAAAAAUUCAUUGAGGCUGGACAAUACCAUGAUAAUCUUUAUGGAACAAGUUUCCAGUCUGUAAAAUAUGUGGCCGAAAGGGGCAAACACUGUGUUCUUGAUGUUUCUGGAAAUGCAAUUAAACGACUACAAAUUGCACAAAUACAUCCAAUAGCUAUCCUGAUAAAACCCAAGUCUCCCGGUUCACUAAUGAACAUGAAUAAGAUGCUGUCAGAGGAGCAAGCAAAGAAAAGCUUUGACAGGGCUCUGAAACUGGAGAGGGAGUUUGGAGAACUCUUCACAGCUCUGGUUCAGGGAGACACCUUCGAUGAUAUUUAUCACCAGUGUAAACAAGUCAUUGAGGAACACUCCGGACCCUACAUUUGGAUCCCAUCAAAGGAGAAAUUAAAAUGACUCUUAAUGCUAGAAGGCAAAUGUGAAACUAUGUUGAGAAAAAAAGUUCUCUUUCAUUUGCUGUUACACUUAAUUUAUUCGUUUUGUUUUCCUACUUCACUUAUUCCCACCGAAUUGAACUAAAAUUGUUUAUUUUAUUUUACUUUUUUAUGUUUUUGAAUUUUUAAAAUGUAUAAAAACGUAGAAGCUAGAUUAGCAAGAUGAGAUGUACUUACAUCAGUGAGUGGAAUUCCAGACAGAUAGUAACUGUAAAACCAAACUAUCUUCACGUUCCCACUUUCAAAUAAAAAGACUGUCUUAUCUCUUCUCAUAAAUUCAUAC